CACUAAAAAUAUUUCUGGAAUGACGUGACCCACUCUCGCCCCAUCCAGGAAAGGGACAAGGCUUCACAAGAAACAGCACAUGCUUUCCUUUCAUUUCUGGGAGUCCCGGGAUCCACCUACAGAUGCUGUUCCUUCCGUGGCCGAUGGCGUUCAGACUCCUAGCUGCCGACGGUGCCAGGCAAACAACUGGACAGAACAGCUCAGCUACAGGAAGCUGGCCACAGUCUCGGCCAGAGCAGCAGCCCCCCAGCCACAGACCACCUCUGCCACCCCAUCCAGGAGCCUUCUCACCUCUUGCAGGCUUGCCCCGGCCCCGCCACAGGGGCUGAAGAACUGGGAGGUGGUGGCAGCAGCCGCAGGGGUGCCUACAGCCUUGGGGCCAGUCCAGGCACGUGGGACCCUGCUUCGGGCAACUCUGCAGCCCCUCCAGGGACAGGGAGGGACCCAGGACAGCCCCAGAGCUCACCAUUGUCUCUUCCUAUCGCUGAAACCUAGGCGAGGGCUCAGAAUGGAAGCCACCACUCCUGAGCUGAAACUGCAGGCCAGACUGCGGGAGGUGGGGGACAGGGUGAGUGGAGCUCAAGAUAGCCAGGAGCUAAAGCAGCAGCUGCGGCCGCUGCCCAAGCCACCAGCCUCCUCCCAGCGCGAAGUGAAAUAUGUGGAGAUGUGCGCUUCAGCUGGAGUCUGGAGCAGCAGUCGCCGCACGGGGAGUCUCACUCCAGAGCGCCGCCCCAGGGAUCAGAGGGCCUCUAGGAGUCCCAAGGAGAGAGAGCAGGAUGAAGCCAGCGGUCAGGAGUGCGAGGCUCCAACCUCCCGGAAGAAUCUUGCUUCCUCCGGACUCCCCAGAUCCCAGCUCCCCGACACUGACCAGGGUAGCCACUUCUCCUUCUCCUCCUCCCCAGUGGACAAAGGCGAAGAAGGUGGCCUUUCCAAGAUGGAUGAUGACACCACAUCAACAGGGGCUCUGGCCACCUCGUCCUCAUCUUUAGGCUUUGAGAGUGACAGUGGUGAGCGCGCAGUGAGCUGCCAGCCCAUGGUAGGAGGAGGAGGGGGAGCAAGAGGAGGAGGGGGUGGUGAUGGGGGAGGAGAUGGAGCCGAGUGCAAGGACAUUAUUGCCAGGUCUCAGGGCAGCAGAGACCCCCCCAAAAGUGAGGAGGCUCACUACAUCACUACCCACGAGAUCCAGCUGAGUGAGGUGGAGCAGGACAUGGACUUCGACGUGGGACUGGCCUCCCGCUUGGAUUUCGAGGACAACAACGUCAUCUACUCGUUUGUGGACUAUGCUUCCUUUGGUGGCAGCGAUGAGACCCCGGGGGACGUCACCACCGUGACCGAAGAGGACGACGACAACAGCUGCUACCUCAGCACCACUCCCAGCACCAACGCCACGCGGACGCCCAGCCCCACGAGCAGUGACCCCGCCCGCCCAGGCGCAGGCAGCAGCGGUCGCAACACCAGCAGCACGGAAGUGGGUAGCGGCCCCUCGGACAGUGACCCCACUCCCCCACCCACUGGGUCUGGCACUGCCACCCCGCGGGAGCCCUUGCCCGAGCCCCCGGAGGCAGCUUCAGGGGCAGCAGCCGCGGCAAGCAGCUGUGGGAGUGCAGCAAGCCAGAUCCUCCUAUCAAUCAAACCGGCUUCCCGGGCUAUAAAUGAGCCUAGCAACGUGCGUGCAAAGCAAAACAUUAUUCACGCUGCCAAGCAUGAAGGCGACAUGAGCCUCCGCGUCUCUGCAGCUGCUGAACACAAUUCAAGUUCACUGAAGCAAGACCCGGCUGCAGCCGUGGCUCAGGACCAUGCAAAGAAAUUCAUCGCGGUCCCUGCUCGCCUGCAAACCCGGUGCGGGGCCAUCCGCGCCAAGGAGCUGGUGGACUACUCCAGCGGGGCCUCCAGCGCCGUGAGCGAACUGGACGAUGCGGACAAAGAGGUGCGCAACCUGACCUCCCGGGCCUUCCGGAGCCUCGCUUACCCCUACUUUGAGGCUCUGAACAUCAGCUCCCGGGAGUCCUCCACGCUCUCCGAAGUCGGCUUUGGGCGUUGGUCGACCUUUCUGGACCUAAAAUGUGGAGGUGUUGGAGCCAGGGUGGAACAGAGCCUCCUCAGGAGCAGCGCGGCCUCCGUGGCCGCGGGUCUGAGGAAGGGAGGUGGGGCCCGGACCACCGCAGACCAGCUCUACAUCCAGUCCAAGAAGUCCCAGACCAAGGCCUUGGAGUUCGUCGUCAGCAAAGUCGAGGGUGAAAUCAAACAUGUGGAGACACCGCUGUGUUUCCAGAAGCAGGUCCAGACGGGCUCUCGCGUGGUCACCCUUCUCGAGCCUCUGAAUUUACGCAGUGAGAGCAAAGCCACCUCAGCCACUGGGCCCUGCAGGGCCACCAAAGGCUCCAGCAAGGGCCCUGGAUCGGCAUACACAGACGAUGGCUCCGAGACAUCUGAGAGCAGCAAGCCUGCCCCCCGCGCCGACGGCCCCCAGAAGAAGUCCAAGUUUGCUUCCAGUCUGCUCAAAAAUGUCAUCUCCAAGAAGAUGCAGCGGGAACAUGAGUUCAAAAUGGAGAGGGGAGAAGUCAUUGACACUUCCUACCAUCACCUCUCCAGCACCUCCAAGGAGACGGAGAGCCCACCCGGGGGUGAGAAGCAGCGGGAGAGGGGCCUGCAGAGGCAGAGUUCUCGCCACUCGGAGGCCGGCUCUGAGCACACGGUGGUCAGCGUGUCUGAUGCAGGUGGGGAAGGGUCCACGGCUGGGUCUAAAUCCCCCACUUUCAAAGCCAGUGCGCCUCGGGAGAGCAAUGCAGGCGCUGGCAGAAAUUUUGCUGAUGGACACACUGCAGUGUGUGAAAUUAAAAAGAGCGCAUCAGAGACUGUCAGGGGCAUCUUCCUCCGCAGUCAGAACAGCGCGUUCCGGUCGUGGAAGGAGAAAGAGGCCGAGAAGCGGGCAGAGAAAGCCCCCAUCGGAAAGCUGAAACUCCCCAAAGGGGGCGACUGGAGGGCUGAUCUCGGAGAGCUCUCUGCCGGCAAGUCCACCAUCAUGUCCCGCCUCUUUGUCCCCAACAUGCAGCAGACACCCAAGGACAAGCAGCCGGGGAAGCAGGCCACCAAGCAGCCUGCCGCCCAAGCCACCUCCACGGCUGUGACCAGGCCCAAGGCUCCCGAAAUCAAGAUCAGGCUGGGGAGCGUGCAACAGCCAAGCUCGGAUUUCAACAUCGCCAAGCUGCUCACUCCCAAACUGGCCAGUGGCAGCACCUCGAACCUCUUUAAGACCAUUGAGGACAACAGCAGAGCGCAGCAGAAACUCUUCCGGGGGGACAACCUGGAAAAAGUGCCCCAGUUCCAGGUGAGAGAUGUCAGAGACAAGUCCAAGGCCCAAGGCCCCCUCCACCAAGUGAGAGAUGUCAGGAAACUAAUCAAAGGGUCAGGAGACAGUAGUGACAAGGGCAGUGUUACCCCAGAGCAGGGGCUGACUGGGCCCAAACCCAGGCAGCUGGCUGCUGCAGCUGGCGGACCCGGAUCCCUGUCCCCCAUGGUGAUUACGUGCCAGGCUGUGGUGAACCAGAGAGGAGACAGUGCAGACCGAGAGCCGAGGGAGAACGCGGGCAGAGGCGGAAGCAGCAGGCGCUUGGAUUCCUCCUCCCCUGAAGGGACAGUCUUGGUUCACAGGGCGUCUGGCAGGCUGCCUGUGGCCACCAUUGCCCCCAAUAAGCCUGAGCAGGGCUCCUACCUGCCUGUGCUCAAGAUCGUCUCCAAGGCAUCUGCCCAGAAGACCCCAGAGAAGGCCAAGGAGGAGGAGGCCAAGGAGGAGGGGAAAGGCCCGAAGCCGUCCCGGAAUGCCCUGGAGAAGCUGACCGCCGCCGUGAGGUCCAUGGAGGAGCUGUACAGCUUCAACAGGAACGAGUGGAAGCGUAAAAGUGACCCCCUGCCCAUGAUGACCGACAGCCACGUCCUGUCGCUCAUCGCCAGCGAGGAGAGGGAAGGGGCCGAGGGGGCCGAAGGGGACCCCAACAAGCUGGCCAGACGUCUGGGUGAGGUGGAAGAGCGGGGCACAGGAAACAGAGGCGGAGUGGUCCUGCGAGGGGGUCCCGUAGAGCGUCUGCAGCGGAGAAACUCCAACCCGAGCGCUGAGAGCGUGUCUGCCCGGGCAGCGGCCUUCGAGAACCUGGCCAGGGAGAGGCCCCGAUCCCUCUAUAUUCCCCCAGUGCACAAGGAUGUGGAGAGGACCCAACCCCUGCAGCCCCUCCCACCACUCCCCAGCAACCGGAACGUGCUCACCGUGAGUGCCAGCAGCACCCAGAAAACUGGGGGUGUCGCUGGCAAGUUCCCCCAAGGACCUUCUCCAGAGAGUCCUUCAACCGCAAAGGGCAUCAAAUCGCAGGGACUCCGGUCCCUCAAGAUCUCUCCGGCCACCCGGGCACCUCUCGAUGAGGUGACCAACAGCAAAAAUGGCAGCAAUUUGGAAAAGAGCAACAGUGACUGUGAGAAUUACCUGACCAUCCCGCUUAAAGGAAGCUCUGCAGCUGGGGAGCUUCCGGGCAGGCCUGGGGCUGGGAGGGAGGGGCUCCCAGUCUCCUCCGCGGCCACUCUCUGCAGCUUGCCCCCUCUGAGUGCCCGCAGUCAGGUCCCCAGUAGCCCCAAAGGCUCUCAGGUCAGUGGAACCAGCCGGCCAGCUUGGCGUACCAAACUGGACAACACCCGGGAGACAGUAGCUGCCCCCACAGGGCCACAGAGCCCCGAGCGCCCCCCUCCCACCAUCUACCACCAGCAGCUGCUGCCCUUCACCCUGCAGGGGGCCCAGCCCCAGGUCCUCUGUUUCUCCCCACCUGGCAUGCCUGCCCCGACACCUGCAGGCCCAGCUCCGGUCCCCACAGACCCCUUCCAGCAGCCACAGCCUCAGCAGACCCAGCGUAAGAUGCUCCUGGAUGUGACGACUGGCCAGUACUAUCUGGUGGACACACCAGUACAGCCCAUGACCCGGAGACUCUUUGACCCCGAGACAGGGCAGUAUGUGGACGUGCCCAUGACCACCCAGCAGCAGGCUGUGGCUCCCAUGUCCCUCCCUGUGCCUCCCUUGGCCCUGAGUCCCGGGGCCUAUGGCCCCACCUACAUGAUCUACCCUGGGUUUCUGCCCACAGUGCUGCCCACCACCACCCUGCAGCCCACGCCAAUUGCUCACACUCCAGGAGGCAGCGAGCUCUCCCCCAUGGCGGCAGAGCAUCCUGGCAAAGAGGCAGCUGCGACCUUCACCGAGGCCCCAUACUUCAUGGCCUCUGGUCAGGCUCCUGCCUCCUCUUCCUCCUCAGCCCCAGCAGCCACAUCCCAGCUGGUGGGGGCCAAGGGCUUCGCCCAGCUGCAUGGCAAGCCUGUCAUCAGCAUCACUUCACAGCCCCUGGGGCCACGGAUCAUUGCCCCCCCUUCCUUUGACGGCACCACCAUGAGCUUUGUGGUGGAGCAUCGAUGA